CCGGCAGGCACUGCGUGCGCCGCGGCGGGCGUCGGUGCCGGCCGGCUGGCCCCGUGGUAGCGGCUGGAUCCUUGGCGGCUGCUGGUCUCUCCUCGCCCUGGAAGGGAUUGGAUGAUGUAACCCACUCUCCAGGAAGCCCCAGGUGGCCGUGAGCUCAACCAGGUGUCUCAAACCCCAUCUCAUUUCAGAGCCACUUCUGAGCCACUCAAGGAAAAUGAUGUGACAGUUCCUAGCCAGAAGGACUUUGGGGGAACGUUGAACAUCUGUGCAGAAAGUGGCCCUUUUCCCCUUUUUUGAAAUAGACAUUCUCAAAUUCCAAAAUGCCAGCCAAGACCCCGAUCUACCUUAAAGCUGCCAACAACAAGAAAGGGAAGAAGUUCAAGCUGAGGGACAUCUUGUCUCCUGAUAUGAUUAGCCCCCCCCUGGGAGACUUUCGCCACACCAUUCACAUCGGCAAAGAGGGCCAGCACGAUGUCUUCGGGGACAUUUCCUUCCUUCAGGGGAACUACGAGCUUCUGCCUGGCAACCAGGAGAAGGCCCACUCGGGCCAGCUCCCCGCCCACUACGAGUUCUUCCGGGCCAACAGCACCUCGGACUCCGUGUUCACAGAAACGCCCUCCCCAGUGCUCAAAAACGCCAUCUCCCUCCCCACCAUCGGAGGGUCCCAAGCUCUUAUGUUGCCCUUAUUGUCACCGGUGACAUUUAAUUCCAAACAGGAGUCCUUUGGGCCACCAAAGCUGCCCAGGCUCAGCUGUGAGCCCGUCAUGGAGGAGAAAGCUCAGGAGAAAAGCCGUGUGCUGGAGAAUGGGACUAUCCACCAGGGAGAUGCCUCGUGGGGCUCCAGUGGCUCAGCAUCGCAGUCCAGCCAGGGCAGGGACAGCCACUCCUCCAGCCUGUCCGAACAGUAUGCUGACUGGCCGGCCGAGGACAUGUUUGACCAUCCCUCCCCAUGCGAGCAGGUGAAGGGAAAGACCAAAUCCCAGGAGUCCCUCUCUGACCUCACAGGUUCCCUUCUCUCCCUCCAGCUGGAUCUUGGGCCCUCGCUUUUGGAUGAGGUGCUGAAUGUCAUGGAUAAAAAUAAGUAACAGGAUGCCAGCUCUUUUCCUUUGGGGUAAAAGGUACCAAAAUAAACAAAAAAACAGAAACUCAGCUAACCACAGUUGAAGAGAAGAGCUUCCCUGGCUGUUUUUUUUGCAGUUACGUGAUGUGUUUUCUAAAAUAAUUGUUCCUACAAAAUAUUUUUUUACCUGUUAUGCCCUGUUUGCAAAAACAGUUUAGAAAAAGCAACAACAAAAACCCUAUCCUGGCAAAAAGAGGAAAUGAGUCAGAACUCAUUUUUGGCGGGCACUGCUGAUUGAUGUUCAGCUAACAUUUUUUUUGGUUUGCAGACACAUAAGAAAUCUGCCUUGGCCGGGAUUGGCACUAGCUAUGGAGAGCUGAGCAAGUCACACUAAGAAACUUCACAGUACUCCAACAGUUUAUGAGUUAAGAGAAAGUCAAAAUUUUAACACCUAAGCCUUUUUUUCUAGACUCUUUUGUAUAUGAUAUUGUUUGGGCUCAUGAUAGCAAAUUCUCCAGUGUUAAAACUUUUCUCUGUUUUCACAUUUGAGCAAUUUUAUGGGUUUGGGGGAUUUUCUUGUAGUUCUUAUAUAUCCCUUAUAUAUUAUAUCUAUAUUGCAAAAUUUUGACUGUCAGCUACAUGUUGGUAAGACACAAGCAAGGUAUUACUGUAACUAAGUUAUUUUUAAAGUUAAAAUAUAUUUUUAUGUGCCUUUGGCUUUUUAUUGCAGAGUCUACAUUUUAUAGAUAACACAUCAAAUGUCAUUUGACUUGUUUCCAUUAGGGUUCCAUUGUAAGCUGUGUAUGUGUGAGUUUAGACAAGCAUAUUCAUUCUUGGCUUUUUUUUUUUUUUUUCUUCGUCUGUUACCAUACUUCUAACAGCAGCCAACAACGGAUUUUAAAGUGUAAAGGCACAGGUUACUCAUGAUGCUUCUACAGAGACUGUGGGCUACACCACAUAAUGCUAUUUGGAAAUAUGAGUAUUUUAGUACAGUACAUACUUGCAUUACUUAGGUACUUCAUACAACACAAUAAAGAGUAAAUGUUAAAAUGAA